AUGGCAGAUAGGAAAGGGGAAGAAUCGAGUGAAGAAGAGCCUACCAUCGCCGAAGAUGUCGUUGUCACCAAGUACAAAAUGGCUGGUGAUAUGGCCAAUCGUAUAUUAGGCAUACUGAUCGACAACGCUACUGUUGGUGCCACUGCUAAAAGUUUAUGUGAAAUGGGAGAUAAAAUGAUUUUGGAAGAGACCAGUAAAGUAUACAAGAAGGAGAAAGAGCUCAAGAAGGGUAUUGCUUUCCCUACGUGUGUAUCGGUCAACCAUUGCAUCUGCCAUUUUAGUCCCCUUAAUAGUGACCCUGAAUUAGAAUUGAAUGAUGGAGAUGUUGUGAAAUUUGAUUUAGGCGUUCAUAUUGAUGGAUUUAUCGCGGUUGUUGGUCAUACAAUUGUUGUAGGCUCAUCCAAAGAGAAAAAAGUUUCCGGUCGUAAAGCAGAUGUUAUCGUGGCUGCUUACACUGCUGCGGAAGCAGCUUUAAGGCUUGUCAAACCUGGCAAUGAGAACCAAGUUGUAACGGACGCAAUUCAAAAAGUAGCCGAAUCUUUCGAAUGUAAGCCUAUCGAAGGAAUGAUGUCCCAUCAAUUAAAAAAAUAUGUUAUAGAUGGAGAAAAGUCGAUAAUUCUAAAUCCAUCGGAAGCUCAAAGGAAAGAGCAUGAAACCUGUGAGUUUGAAGUAAAUGAAGUUUACACUGUUGAUGUCCUAAUAAGUACUGCUGAUGGAAAGAGUAAAGAAAUGGAUAAUAGAACAACUGUAUAUAAAAAAACCAACUUACAGUACAGCCUAAAAAUGAAAGCAUCAAGAGUUUUCUUCAGUGAAGUAUCAAACAAAUUUACGGCUAUGCCUUUUACUCUUAGAGCUUUUGACGACGAAACAAAGGCGCGUAUGGGUGUCGUAGAAUGCGUCAAGCAUGGCUUGUUGGAACCGUUCAAUGUAUUGUGGGAGAAGGAAGGUGACUUUGUCGCUCAGUUUAAAUUCACGGUUCUGCUGAUGCCUAGUGGGCCAAUGAGAAUUACUGGUGGCACUUUCGAUCCAGAAGUGUACGAAUCAGAACAUGUUGUUAAAGAUGAAGAAAUCAAGUCAUUAUUAUCUCAGUCUGCGAGUCGUAAGGGGAAAAAGAAAAAGAAGAAGGCUACAAAAGGCGGUAACGCCAGCGAAUCCUGAAUAUCGAAUUUGCUGAAAGUGAUUGAUAGGACAUGUGAAGCACAACUUGUCGCAUGGCUUUUCAACCUGGUGUUAAAAGCAACGAAUUUAUUUCAUUUUGUAGAUGGUAUUAUUAGUAUUAUUUGAAAUUA